UUAUAAAUUCCAAGUGUCCUCAGAUCCAGAGCAUCACGACUCCUGAUGCUGCACACCUCUGAUUGGUCAUUCCCAGCAGAGGCCAGAGCAGCCACGGGGAACCACAGCACUGUCACCGAGCCCAUCCUGCUGGGGCUCUCACACGCCUGUGAGCUGCAGAUGCUCCUCUUGCUGGGGCUCCUCCCGACCUCCCUCCUCACUCUGCUGGGGAACCUGCUCACCGUGGUCCUCACCCUCAUGGACAGGCGCCUCCUCCCCAUGUACUACUUCCUCCGCAACGUUGCUGUCCUAGAGAUCUGGUUCACCUCGGUCAUCUUCCCCAAGAUGCUGACCAACAUCCUGACUGGAAACAGGACCAUCUCCCUGGCAGGCUGUUUCCUACAAAGUUUUCUCUAUUUCUUCCUGGGCACCACAGAGUUCUUCCUACUGGCAGUGAUGUCCUUUGACAGGUAUGUGGCCAUAUGUAACCCCUUGCGUUAUGUCACCAUCAUGAGCAAAAGGGUCUCUGUCCAGCUAGUUCUUUCUUCUUGGGUCACAGGGUUCUUUAUCAUCAUCGUUCCAACUUUCCUCACAAUUCAGCAGCCAUUCUGUGGUCCCAACAUCAUUGAUCAUUUCUUCUGUGACAGCUUUCCACUCCCGGAACUCGUAUGUGCAGACACAAGUCUGAUCAAGCUUCUGGGUUUCAUCCUGGCCAACAUCAGCCUCCUGGGCACUCUGUCCAUGACGGCCACCUGCUAUGGCCACAUCCUCCACACCAUCCUGCGCCUCCCCUCAGCCAAGGAGAGGCAGAAAGCCUUCUCAACCUGUUCCUCCCACAUCACUGUUGUCUCUCUCUUCUAUGGCAGCUGCAUCUUCAUGUAUGUCCGGUCGGGCAAGGGCGGCCAGGGGGAGGAUAGGAACAAGCUGGUGGCCUUGCUCAACACCGUGGUGACCCCAGUGCUCAAUCCCUUCAUCUACACCCUGAGGAACAAACAGGUGAAGCAGGUAUUUAACAAGCAAAUUAGCAAGCUCCUCUCAGAACUAGGAGCUAGAUCUGAGAGGGUGGAGAAAAAUGUAUCUGAGUGA